AUGCCUCCGAUAUCCUCGCAGCGGCGCGCCUUGACCGAAGAGAAUUCGUCGCUGUCCGAUGACGAUGUCGGUUUCCUCUACCAAGUUGUCAGUCGCGCCGAGGCGAAGCCCGAGGUUGAGCGACUGCCAUUCCGAGCGCUUUUCGCGGCUUACGACGAGGUGAUCAGUGAACAUGGAGUCGACGCGGAUCCUGGUCAUGCAUGCCUGCGAUUUCUCUUCAAAAUGGGGAGUAAAGAGGUGCAGGGACCCUCACUAUUCGACAAAUUCGAGAGCGCGCUCCAACAGAUGGGAAUUUUGAUUGAAUUUGGGGACGACGGCUCUACUGGCCUCAACGAGACGACACAAAAUGAACGUUCGGUCGUCGAUGGCACGGCCAGCCAAACGGGCGACGAGAACCAUUAUCCCAUCACAAACGGAACCCCGAUAACACCCCGGAGGCGUGCGUCGUUCAAUACUACACUCGAUAUCGGGGAAGAUGGUACCCAGAAAAGCUUCGUCGAACGCCCGAGCUCACGCGCAUCUAUGUCUCGACUCGAGACCGGAAAGCCCGAUUUCUCGAAGCUAAAAUUAUUUCCAAAGCCUAAGACCCACGAACAACGGCCAAAAUCUCCGGAUCGCACGCAGUUGAUCGCGCAGUUUUUGGACGUUGGUCGCCGAUUGAUAAGCCGAUUCGAUUCUGUACAACAUCGAAAUAAGGGCGAGGAGCAAGAAAACCCUCCCUUGACGAAUGGCGUUGUUGCACGCUCAGCUGUUCAUCAUGACCGCUCCAAGCGAAUGAUCACGGCCGCGAAAACACGUCGCUCGCCUUCAAUAAGCUCAUCGGAUAGCUUCGAGUCUGGUGAAUCACAGUCCGAGGUGUCGCAGGCGACAGGACAUGAUUCUAUUGGCAAAGAAAAUGUUCCGCCGGAGAUGCUCUACCGGCCUCAACUUUCAGACUUGCUUCGAGAUGCGUCUACAUUCAAUAUGUAUCGACAACGAGCCAACUGCCGGCGUAUCCUGACACAAUGGUUGAAACAAGCCUUUCACGCGCGUCACAUUCGUGAGACCAGGGAAUCCGUUGCUAUUAAUCGUGACCGAAGCACAUUGCUCCGACAGGCUUUUGAGCCGUGGCGAGCAAUCAUUCAAGACAAGCGUCAUACGGCCAGAACGGAGCGUUUCUUCAAGCACCUUGAUGAACGCGCCUGUCGUGCUCGAGACUUGUAUCUAAUGACGAAAGCAUUCACUCACUGGGCUCAACUUACAUCCGAAGAGGUUGCCCGCACGUCUGCCGCUCGAAGACACGUGUUGAGUAUCAAAUACUUCAAUGCCUGGCGGGAGAUCACCGCUGUCAACGAGUUGAAAGCCCAGCGUUUUGCUCUCCAAAAGCCAUUCAAUAAAUGGCGCAAGAAAGCGGCAGAAGCCAAAGCGGCAGAAGCCAAAGCGGUUACGAUCCAUAAAGACAACUUACGACAUGCCUCCUAUUGGCAAUGGUUCUGGGGCUUUUGCGAUCGGCGUGCUCCCGAGUGGUACGACAGCCAACUCAAGAGGCGGUCCUUGCUUUACUGGCUUCGGUACUUCCGAACCAAUCGUGAGCGUGAGCAAGAGAUCGUCAUUCACAACAGGAAAUCGUCACUAGCUAGUGUCCUCCAGGCAUGGUCUCAAAAAUCGAAGACCAUUGCUUCUGCGGAACAAAAAGCCGCAGGAUCCCAGCGGUAUCGCGCUUUGAAAGAGACAUUUGACGAGUGGAAAAUCCAAGCCAAGCUAGCCCCUGCUGCUUCCCAGGUGACUGACAUGGUGGACGGUAGAAUCCUGCGGACUGCUCUCUCAAAAUGGAUCGGGAAAGCUCGUCUGGCUGAGCAAGCAGUAGAGAUGGACCGACUUCGGGUUGAGCGAAAUGCUUGGAUAUCUUGGAAUGAUACGCUUCGAUGUUUGGCUCUCCAAGCCCGAAUUGAUGAACGACUGAAAAUGGAAACGAUGUACAAAUGGAUCCUGGUGGAAAGGUUCCAGUUGAUGCGCCGAAUACGGGAACAGCGUAUCAAGCGCGAAGUGUUCUCCCGAUUCGUGACGAAUACCCGAGAUACAUACACUCAACUGCUCUCCCAUGCGGAGGUACAUGAAGACCACUGGGCCGAGGAGCUAGUACGCUCUAAAUUGACCGUCUGGCGAGAUCAAUUGUUGCUCCAGCGGGAGCGUGAAUAUACUGCCUUCGAAUUCUAUGCUCCUCGUCUCGCACAGGAAUCUCUGAUGGCAUGGAGAUCUAAACAUCAGCAGAUUGUGAAGAUGGAGAGCUGGGCUCGGGAUGCCGAAUUCUACUUCCUCAUGAAACGAUCCUUGAAGAAUUGGCGCCAGGCCACGUUAGAUUCUGCCAAACGACGGCGCAAGGAUGCCUAUUCGAAGAUGCGGCGAAAGGUCAAAGUGAACAUGGCUUCUAAAGCCCUUGCGAUGUGGGCCUCCAAGACCGAGGCUAUUACAAACAUGGAGCAGCAAGCAGCAGAGCUUGACCGUCAGAAAUUAAUGAGUGACGUGGCCGAUAUCUUCGGUGGAUGGCAUGGGCAAACUCUUAAAAGGGUACAGGAUUACCAAGAAGCUGAUUUACACUAUUUCCGUCAAAUCGCUUUUGACCAGUUGAUUCAACUUUCGGAGACCUUUGUGAUUCGUCGUGAGAUGGAAGACCAAGCCGACUCCGUGUACCGCAGACACGUUCUCUUCCAUGCAGGUGCAUCUCUUCGCAAGCUCAGUCUUCGCAUCUUCCAGAUGAGAAGUACGGUCGAGACUGCUGAAGCGAUGCGGGAAAGAACUUUGCGGAAGCAUUCGAGGAAUCUGUUCCGCCUCUGGGUAGAAAGCGCCCGGCUCAAGCUCGAAGCGCGUGAUUCACCGGGACCUGCCUUGACAUCUACCCAAUACUCGAGGUUCGGAGAAGUUGAGCGCCCCGGGUCAGCUCUAUUUGAUCCGUGGUAUCAAAACGCAUCCGAAACUCCCUUCAAGAUGACUGACUUCACGACGAAUUCCAUGGAGCCGGUCUCCGCAAGCCCACUGGCCACACCGAACUAUAUGACCUCGCCAUCCAAGCGAGCUGCUCGUGCCCGAGCCCUCGCGCAAUUGUCCACGACCCCUGCCACGCCCCUUCAUACUCCAUUCGCCAGUCGACUACUCCGUGCUGAAGCCUCGGCCUCUCGAACUACUUCUUCCCGACGACCGCAAUCCAGUCGCAGAAGCUUGACGGGGACCAGCGUCCGAUUUGUGGACGAAGAACUCCCCGAGUCUCCCACUGAUGGCCGGAAGUCGGCGAAUCGACGACCCUAA